GUCUUUGGAGGCCUCCUCUGCCCUGCUCCUGUCUUCUGUGGAAAAAAACUAGUGAAAAGCAUCUGCCACUGCACCAACCAGAACACCCAAAGGGAUGACUGGCAGUCAUCUUGCUCAGGAGUAAGAGAGGAAGCAAUGGGCUGGACUAUGAUUCUAAAAGAUGACUGUGGGGUCAUUGCCUGGACACGGCUAGCUGGGAACUACCUCAGCCUCUUCCUCCUCUUGUCUCUCUUUUCCAUUCCAGUCCAGUCAGACGUAGUGUUUCCUAAGGACCAUCGUUUCUCAUGGAAAACAGGUCAGUGGGGUCAGUGUAUCGGGGAGGAGUGUGGUACUGGUGGGAUUCAGUCAAGGACAAUAUGGUGUGUCCACAUGGAGGGCUGGACUACCCACCACUCCCACUGCCAGCGAGUGGACAAACCAGAAAGCCAGCGGCACUGCUUUAAGGUCUGUGACUGGCACCAGGACCUCUUUGAGUGGGAGGUGUCUGACUGGGGGAGCUGUGUCCUCGUCCCUUUCUUUUCCAGUGAGCUCAAACUGAGGACAGCUGAAUGCAUUACAGCACAGCAUGGCAUCCAGAGGCGCCAUGUCCACUGUGUACGUACUUCAAACCGUACCACAGUCACCUCGAGGAUAUGUGAAUUCUUUUCUCAGAAACCACCUGUGGAGCAGGCUUGCCUCGUCCCCUGCCCCCAGGACUGUGUGGUCUCGGACUUCACCUCCUGGUCAACUUGCAGCAAAACCUGUGGUGCUGGCCUUCAGCAUCGGACUCGACACGUCCUGGCCACACCAAUGUAUGGAGGGGCAAAUUGCCCAAACCUGACCGAGACUAGGACUUGUUCUAGCCCAAUCAACUGCCCUGCUGGGGAGAGCGAGUACCAGUACAGCCUUAAAGUAGGGGCCUGGAGCGAGUGCCGACUACCCCAUCACAAGGAUGCCCUGUUAAGUGGAAGGACCACAGUGGACUUCAGCACCAGCUCCAAUGAGAACAACACUGUCGUGUUGCACACGUUGGCUUCUCACCACCACCCCCAUCACAACCACCACCAUCACCAUGCUCAUGCGCACAACAAAUACCCCAUGUCAUGGGAACUAGAGGUGGGAUACCAGACACGACAAGUCCGCUGCACAAGGAGUGAUGGCAAGAAUGCUAUGCUGAGUCUCUGUACCAAGGACAACUCCCCCCUGACCUUCCAGGCAUGUGUGAUGCCCAAAGACUGUCAGACGUCUGAUUGGUCAUCGUGGAACCCAUGCUCUAAAACCUGCCGGUCCACCGACCUGUCUCCUGGUUACCGCCUCCGGUCACGGAUCAUGACGCAGAUCCCAGUUGGCGGGGGGAAACAAUGUCCUGCCCUUGAGGAAAAAGAGGCUUGCAACAUCAUAGGAGAUUUACUUCCAAACUGCCCCAGGUAUGUGUGGAGGACUACUGACUGGGGCGAAUGUCGCAUCCUCCCCUUACUGAGCCAGCAGGACCGGCGGCUGGUUAACAUCAGUAUUCUGUGCGGAGACGGGAUCCAGACCAGGAAGACCUACUGUGUUCAAGUUCCUGAUGACUCAGCACCACAUCACAGGAAGGAGGUGUCCAGGCCUGUGAAUGCCAGGCUGUGUGCCGGUGAAGAGCCCCCCUCGGCUGUCCAGCAGUGUUCCAUCCCCUGCCAGAACCACUGCGUGCUCUCCCAGUGGUCAACCUGGGGUGCCUGCCUACAUGACAACUGCAAAGAACCACAGGGGAAGAAAGGUUUCAGACAGAGGAGAAGAGAGGUGCUGUGGGAGUCCAGCAGUUCCCCAGAGACCUGUCCUCAUCUAGCUGAGUCCAUCCCCUGUGAGGAUCCCGCCUGCUACCUGUGGCAGGUUCAACAAGAGGGAAGCUGUAUUCCCAAUCAACACUCCUGUGGUCCUGGAACUGCAGUCCAGAAUGUGACCUGCGUCAGCUCUGAAGGGGAAGAUGUGCCCAUCUCCCACUGUGCAGAUGACCCUCCCCCCACAGAAGUGGUCUGCGAGGUGGCCUGUGCUGCAGACUGUGUGGUUAGCUCCUGGUCCUCCUGGUCUCCCUGCUCACACAGCUGUGCCACCAAGACCUCAGAGGGUCGACAGAGCCGCACUCGUACUGUGCUGGCCAUCCCAGGGAAAGAAGGGAAGGCGUGUCCAACAGCUCCAGCCCUGGAGGAGUGGAGAGUCUGUAAUGACCAUCCUUGUGGGGUGUUCCACUGGGAAGCCUCAGACUGGGGUCCCUGUAUUGAGGAUACCUCCAUGGAUCUCAAUGGAACCAGCUUUUGGAAUGGGACCCCCACCUGUGCCGUGGGUGUCCAGAUUCGCAAAGUCAGCUGCACAAAGAUGAACGUUGGACCUGUCAUAAGUAAAAGGUGUUCAGAUUCUUCUCGUCCGGAAACUGUCCGACCCUGUUUGCUUCCCUGCAAGAAAGACUGCAUUGUGACACCCUUCAGUGAAUGGACAGCCUGCCCAUCAACCUGUACGCCAGAAAAUGCAACCGCCGCCACACAGUCUCGCUACAGGACCAUCAUUCAAAGGUCUGCUAAUGGAGGUCAAGAAUGUCCUGACACACUGUAUGAAGAGAGAGAGUGUGAAUCACUUCCAGUUUGUCCAGUGUAUAGGUGGAGGGCACACAAGUGGCACAGUUGCACUCUGGUCCCUGAUUCAGUUCGACGUGGAUUAACUGGACCAGGAGAAGCCUGUGGAAAUGGAUUAGAAACAAGAGGAAUCAGUUGUGUUGGGGAGAACAGUGAGUCGGCCAAUAUGACGGAGUGCCUGCGAUGGGCUGGCUCCUUGCCCCCUCAGAUCGGAGAGUGCCGAGUGGCUUGCAAGGAUGACUGCACCCUAACUGCAUGGUCCAAGUUCUCUGAAUGCACUGGAUGUGGCACUUACACAAGUCGCAAGCGCUCACUCACAGGUCGCAGCAAAAAGAAGGAGUACUGCCUGAAUGAGAAGUUGUACCCGUUGGAGGAGACAAAGCCUUGUUCCUGUGAUGAGUUUUUGUCCCAGCCCUAUGGGAACUGGUCUGCUUGCAUCCUUCCUGAUCCUUCAGUUCCAGGGUCCCUGCAGGGCUGGAUGAGCCACCGGGAGGUAAAGGAGUGUGGCCAAGGUCUGCGCUACAGAGCUGUGGCCUGCAUUGACCAGCAGGGACACCUGCUGAACCCUACGCUCUGUACAGACUCAGGCUACAUGAUGGAGACUUGCCACAUCCCUUGCCCCCUGGACUGUAAACUCAGUGACUGGUCAGCCUGGUCAGCCUGCAGUGCUUCCUGUGGCAGUGGGUUGAAGAUCAGGUCCAAGUGGCUCAGGGAGAAACCUUUCAAUGGGGGACGCCCAUGCCCCAAGCUGGAUCUGAAAAACCAGGCUCAGGUGUACGAGGCUGUGCCGUGCCACAGUGAAUGCAGCCAGUUCGAGUGGAGGAUGGAGCCCUGGUCCAUUUGUACCAUCAACACUGUGGAUGACCUGCCAGCCUGCGGGGAGGGAGUCCAAAGCCGCAAGAUCAGGUGUGUGAAGAAGGGAGCGAGUGGGGAAGCCAGCAGUGUGGAGGACAGUCUCUGUGAUCAGGAGGAAAUGCCACCCAGAGCCCAGGUCUGCUUUCUGGCCUGCCCCAACGACUGUGUAGUGACACCCUGGGGACCUUGGAGCAACUACUCCCUGCAAUGUGACCAAGGCACAACAAGGAACAGGAGUAGACAUAUCCUCCGUCUCCCUGCCUCGGAAAACUCCGCCUGUCCAGAGCUAGUCCAGUCAGAGCCCUGCAUCCUCAAUAGCACCUGCUUCACCUACCAGUACAGAGUCUCAGACUGGAGCACAUGUCAGCUGAGUGAAAAUGCCAUCUGUGGUCAGGGUUCACGUUUGCGCCUCCUGGACUGUAUUCGUAGCGAUGGCAAGAUUGUGGAGCUGCAGAAGUGUGAGCAGUUUGGUUUGAUCAACAAGUGGAGGCUGUCGGAGAGCUGCGUGGUUGACUGUCCUGUCAGCUGUAUACUCUCUGAUUGGUCGCCGUGGGCGGAAUGCUCGCACACCUGUGGCAGCCAAGGUCUGACUGUGCGCAUGCGGAGAAUUCUGCAAGAGGCCCACGAGGAGGGUCGUCCCUGUCCCAGCCAGCUCACCCAGACCAAGCCAUGUCCCAUAAGGCCUUGCUAUAAAUGGCUGCUGAGUGACUGGUCCCCAUGCACUGUAGAGGGUGCAGAGUGCGGUGAGGGGCUUCGGAGAAGGAACCUGUCAUGUGUCAUCCACUGGGGCAGCGGGCCUGAGUCUCCUCCUCAGUUUGUAGAGGAGCAGCAUUGUGGAGACAAACUGAGGCAGCAGAUUCAACAGGAGAUGGAGCAGCCCUGCUUCGUUCCCUGCCCAGGAGACUGCCAUUUGACUGAGUGGUCAUCUUGGAGCUCUUGCCAGCUGACCUGCCUGGAGGGGCGAAGCUUUGAGACCACCGGUCGCCAAGCCCGCUCCAGAGCUGUGAUCAUUCAGGUCAUGGAGAACCAGGGCAGCUGCCCACAUCAAGUGUUUGAGACCCAGCCCUGUAAAGAAGGAAAAUGCCACGGUUACCAGUGGAAGACAGGAGGAUGGAGCAACAACGAGCGAGUAGUGUGGUGUCAGCGCUCAGAUGGCGUCAAUGUCACAGGGGGGUGUUUCCCACAGAAAAGGCCGACCACAGUCAGACACUGCCAUCCUCCGUGCACUAAACCCUUCUCACACUGCACACCGAGCGGAGUGUGUGGGUGUGAGAAGGGUUACACUGAAGUGAUGACCAUGCACGGCUUCUUGGACUACUGCACCAGAACCCCGGGGGUGGACAACAACAAGAAAGCUGAUGUGAAAACUAACUCUGGAAGAUUAAAACCCGGGCCGUCUCAGGCCCAGGACCUCUUCAACGAGUGGACCUUACGACCUGUUGGCCCAGAUGGAAGAGUAAAGCUGUGGGUUUAUGCCGUGACUGCCGUUGGAUUCAUCUUAAUACUCUUCAUUAUUGCAUUAUCGUUCCUGGUCUGUAAGCCAUCCAAAACCACUAAGACUUCUCCUCCACCUCAGAAGCCCUUGACCCUGGCCUACGAUGGUGACAUGGAUAUGUAACCAGGCUGCUAUACCUCACAAGGACACGCUCGGCCUCAGACAGACUCCUGAG